AACUUAACAGAGACCUCAGCACGCAAGAAAAACCUCCUUUGUAUCAAACCUCACUCAUCCUUUUCCUUCCCUACAACCAGCAGUACUGAGAAAGCAAACACUAAAAAACCUUGCAGAGAGGAAGAAUUGCUUUCUGCAACCCUACUAAGCCAUUCUUUUCUUCUUUUUGUUCCAAUUCUUGUUUGUAUAUGUGUAUCUGACGACUUGAUUGAUUUCUUCGAUGUGCACGUACCCAUUCUUUCAGGAGCAAACGCACAUCCCAGAAAGCCAUAAACGAACUGUCAAGUUCACGACUGAGGUAGCCAUGUCAUUGAGCCCUCCUCGUGUCCGUAAUAAUGGCAGUCCGAGGACCACCCCGCUCUACUGGUGCUUCCAUUGCCACCUUGCGGUCAGGAUUGCCUCCACCAACCCAUCCGAGAUCAUUUGCCCACGUUGUAACGGGCAGUUCGUCUGUGAGAUUGACGUCGAUUUCACAGAGUACGAUCCCUCCCCCGACGCACGUCUACUCGAGGCUCUCGCUCUGAUGCUUGACCCGCCGAUCAGGCUCUUCAAUAAUACAGAAACUGAAUCUCGAAGCCGUCCUUGGUUCUGGCAGCGAAACCGUCGUUCAGUGGAAGAUCGUCGGGACCCAGAAGCGGAAGGCAUCACCCGCAUUACCAGUCCUCGAAAUGGAAGGUGGCUGCGUCGCAGGUUUGGCGGGAGAGAGAAUCUGGGCCUGGAACCUGGCAUUCUAGGACGGCCUCGGACUUGGAUUGUCGUUAGACCUCUGGAUCCUUCUGGCCCUUUCAAUCCCAUUCUCCAACCGGAACUUCCAGUUGCUCUGGGAGUUGAUCCUAGAAAUCAUCGUUUUGGGCCGGGGCUAGACGGAUUGAUGGGGCAACUGACUCAAAACGAUAGGCCAGGGCCUUCUCCGGCGCCCGAAUCAGCAAUCAACGCGAUACCAACCGUGCAAAUCACCAAGGACCAUUUGAUCAAUGACUCAAACUGCCCCGUGUGCAAGGACGAGUUCAAGGUUGGUGGGGAAGCAAGGGAAUUGCCCUGCAAGCACAUAUACCACUCCGAUUGCAUUGUUCCUUGGCUGCAGCUUCACAAUUCCUGUCCCGUUUGCCGGAACGAGCUACAGGCGCCGGUUGAAGAGGGCAGGAGACGCCGGAUGCGGUGCUUGAGGUGGAGUCAGUUGGCCACUUUCUGGCCUUUCAAUGCGAGAGACCGCCGUACAAAUCAACACGGCGACAACGUCGAUUCUUCUCGAAGGGAGGGCAGGAGACGCCGGCUGCGGUGCUUGAGGUGGAGUCAGUUGGCCACUUUCUGGCCUUUCAAUGCGAGAGACCGCCGUACAAAUCAACACGGCGACAACGUCGAUUCUUCUCGAAGGGUUAAUUCAUGGAGGAAUUCUUGCUCUAUUCUUUAGCACUUAAAAUUGUUGCUGCUAGUGCUGGAGGCAGUAGUUCUUUAUAUGGACUUUAUCGUUUAGACUGCUUUCUUUAGGAAUGUAAUAAUUAUUACUUUAUUGU